CAAACAAGGUCGAGAGCUUGCAAGGCCCCCCUCCCCUCCCGACAGGCAACAAAGGGACCCUUGACGUAAACACACAUACACACGCAGACGGGGGAAAAGAGACACGGCGAUUUAUAGCACUUGCAACGCACACACACACACACACACACACACACAGACUCGCUCUCGCUUUGUUGGUGUUUCUACGCAACACACACACACGCGCGCAUCGUUUAAACACGCAUACACACACACACAUACGUCGGUUGUUGUUUGUUGGCAAUGAACCCGGAGCCCGGCAAAAUGGCCAGUGUCAGCGACAAUACGCCGUAUACAUUUGUUCCGCACACGGAAUAUCUCAAUAGCGAAUCCCCCUUGAGUUUGAGAGAACACCAGUUGACUAUUCGACAACAGCCGGAACGCGCGCGAGCAUGCGGCUUUACCGAUAGAGGAGAUCGACGUCCGCUAGACCCACCGCCGGUUGCGCAAUUGCACGUUGCCAACCGGCACACUGGCACCAUCUACUCGGAUACCCUCCACAAUCCAUAUUACAUGUGUUAUGCAACUCUGUGGCAUCAUGAAAAGGAUGAAGAAGUCGUCGGCCGCGAGGAUGAGAACGGGCGGCAUCUUCUCAAUGGCACUGUCGUAACCUCCAUGGCCCGGCUCAAGGAUAACGAGAACGUCGAUGGAGCCUUUUUUGUCUUUUGCAAUUUGGGAGUCAAGAUUGAAGGGCGGUUUAGACUCAUGUUGAAUUUAUUUGAGAUUAGUGGAGGUGCGGUUCAUUGUCGCGCAAAGAGUUUAACGGAGCCGUUUUAUGUCUAUGGAAAAUCGUUCCCGGGAAUGGCUGAAUCGACGCCGCUUUGCCGGUGCUUUGCUGAACAAGGCGUUCGACUACGAGUUCGCAAUGAACCUAAAUUGCGCCGCAAAGUCAUCAAACGCAAAACAGAGGACCAUCAUGAUACCAAAGACCCGCCUUUUGCACAACCACCGCCAGGCUAUGACAUGAACCGCUCGGCAAAGCGGCUCUCCAACGAGCAAGUGCGGAGACCGACUUACAAUGGGAAAGAAACCGUCAGAAGAGUUCAUGUGGCUCCCAGCUCCCUCCUUAUCCAAUCACCCACUUAUUUGGCCACCUCCCCUGCCUCCGAGCUGGAUCAUCUCCCUUAUGCUUCGCUCAGCAUGGGCGACAGUCCUCUUCCCAGCCCCAUAUCCACCGUCGGCGACCGGCGCAGCAGCAUCGCCUCACAUCUCUCCACAGGCAGUUCUAUGGAUACCUGGAUGGGACCGCAUCCUCCUCGUAUGAAUGGCCUUCACAGAACAGACAUUCCAUCCAAUCACGCAGCUCCCCGCAUCUCUAUCGACAGUCUUGUGACGGGUGCCCCGCUGCCAGCCUACCAUCCAAACCGCGAGAUAACCCAACAGAUGCCGCCAUACGAUCGAUACCCCCUCCCCGGCAUUCACGAUAUCUCUCAUGACCAACCAAGCGCCCCCAACCUUCCACCGCCGCGUCUCAACUCUGCCUUUCAUCCGUACACCCGCUCGUCGGACCAAGGUAACAGAGCGCAGUCCUGGAGUACAAACUCCCACGCACCACACACACCCACCAAACUCACUGUCUUGGACGGAACGCAUCAUAGCACGUCUGUGAAACGGACUCCCUCCCGUACGCCCACUCGCGUCCCGGUGUCGCCUAUCCGGAAUCCAAGCUACGAGUACCAUUACACACCUUCUGUACCUCCUGCUGCAACCGACCAUUAUCAUCAAUACACUCCUAGAGGGGUGUACGAGAGGUUUGAAGAGAGGUACGAGGGUAUUCAUCAUAUGCAGCAGCAGCAACAACAGCAACAAAGAGAGGGUUUAAUGAGGAGUGGAAGGGCGCAGGUACCGCCUGCACCCCAUGCGUGGUAUUAAGGAAAAGUCGAUUAUGGGGUUGCGCACAACUGUCUUUUUCUUUUUUUUUUGUUGUCGGAUAGUUGAUUACAUGGACAAAUAGUGGUUUGGAACAAAAGAAGGAGGAAAAAAAAACUGAAAAAUGGAGGGAAUGGGCUGGUUUUGCACAAAAAACGAGUCUUCCCCCAUCGCACGUCAUGUGUGGUUUUAUUAUUUUUUUUUCUUCUUGUAAUAUAUUGCCCUCAAGCGA